GUCGGCCGGGGGACCAGCUGGCUGUGACGCGGCGGGCAGCAGCAGGUGUGGACGGUCGCUGGUUGUUUUAUCUUUUGUUUUGGUGUGAUCGCUCGGAGCUCGCAGGCUCACAUGCCUCUACGUGUGUCCACACCGAAGCGGGUCGUUAAGUGUGCGGGUUCGAGUCCCCUUCCCUGCGGUCCCCUGUCGAGAUGUCGUCCGCCGAACAGCUCAAUAAGUUUGAGAAACUGUCGUGGAGGCCCUUCAUCCGCGACUCAGGGUCCAAGAAGCGAGCACGGUGGCUUCAGGCUCGGCGCAUCUUCUCCCCUUCCUGCCCCAGCCUGCGGAUUCCCAACAGGUUCCUGAGAGAAGGACACUGCGUCCCCCCCGCCCGGAGUGGACACCGCUGUGUUGCGGACAGUGCCAACCUGUACGUGUUUGGAGGCUACAACCCAGACUUUGAAGAGGCCGGCGGGUCGGAGAACGAAGACUACCCUCUUUUCAGGGAGCUGUGGCGGUUUCAUUUCGCCACAGCCACCUGGCAGCAGGUCCGCACAGAGGGUUACAUGCCCACAGAGCUGGCCUCGAUGUCGGCUGUUUUACACGGUAACAACCUGCUUGUGUUUGGCGGCACUGGGAUCCCGUUUGGUGAAAACAACGGCAACGAUGUCCAUGUUUGUAACGUUCAGUACAAACGAUGGAACCUGCUCAACUGCAAAGGGAAGAAACCCAACAAGAUCUACGGGCAGGCGAUGGUCAUCGUAAAUGGCUACCUCUACGUGUUUGGAGGGACAACAGGCUACCUUUACAGUACCGACCUGCACAGGCUGGACCUGAGCACCAGAGAGUGGACCCACCUCAAACCCAACAACGCACCCUCAGAUCUGCCUGAGGAGAGGUACAGACAUGAACUAGCUCAUGACGGACAGAGAAUAUACAUUUUAGGAGGUGGCACUUCCUGGAUGUCGUAUCCGCUGGACAAGAUUCACACAUAUAACUUGGAGACAAAUUACUGGGAGGAAAUAGUCACAAAACCUCAUGAAAGAAUAGGGUAUCCUGCCGCUCGUCGGUGUCACAGCUGUGUGCAGGUCAAAGACGAGGUGUUUAUAUGUGGGGGUUAUAAUGGAGAGCUAAUCCUAUCCGACCUGUGGAAGAUCAACCUGCAGACUUUUCAGUGGACCAAGCUGCCUGCUGUCAUGCCAGAGCCAGCCUACUUUCACUGUGCUGCAGUCACUCCGGCUGGCUGUAUGUACGUCCACGGCGGUGUCGUCAACAUGUCCGGGAAUAGGAGGACUGGCUCUUUGUACAAAGUGUGGUUGGUGGUGCCGAGCCUGCUGGAACUCACAUGGGAGAAACUGCUGAAAACUUUCCCUCACGUAGCCCAGCUGUCCACCCUUCAGCUGCUCAGCCUGGGACUGACGCACACACUAAUUCAGCGGCUCAAAUAGACGGAGAGAUACGGAGACCGAAAGGAAGCGGUACAGUAUGUGAAUCAACAUCACUGACUCUAAAAUCACUGUUAACUUUGCAAGAAGAAACUACAAAGAAAAGUCUGAUGAUGUCGGAUGGUUAUGAAAUAACUUUGAAUGCCUUUUUGUCUUAUGUAAACGUGUGUGCUUUUUUUUUUUUUUUUAAACACAAAUGCAUAGUGCAGUGUUUUUGCAUUUGUCUGUAUGUGAACGUGUCAGAUUUGGGUUUACACGCAUCCAUCAGAACCACUCUGGUAUGCCGAUUUCCACUUCCAGGUACUUGCUCUUGUCAUUUUGCAUCCACUAUGCAGUGCACUCCUCUUUUUUUAUGUUUUUUUUCUUGUGCAGCACGAGAAAUUGUUUAAUCGUUCUUGACGCCACUUCUUGAAAGGAAAAAUGAAUGUUGCUUGUGCUAGUGUAGGUUUAGCUUCCGUUCAGACAGGCUGAGAUCAGUUUGUUCCACACUGCUGCCAUCUUUGACACAUGUUCACUCAGCUGCUGCUACACCCACUGUGACACAGGUUAGAUAAGAAAUGCUGACGUAAACUUAACUUUUCAUCUAGAUAUCUCUGUAAAGAGGCACGCUGCUGAUGAAGCACGGACACGUUGUAACUGUGAUAUCUCUCAACUGUCUUAAUUAGGUCAAUUAUUUAAGGAAUCAUGUUUUUCGCCUCAAGGACUUUCUGACUGCAUGCUAAUACAGAGCUGUGAUUACCGGUCAAAUUAGAAAGAAAAUGUUCCCUUCACUGGUCCCAUUAGGCCUUGUGAUCAGAUCUUUAAAACAUCUGAGACAUGGCAUCACUGUGAAUCUUUUUGUGCCUCUUUUUAAUUAAUUUAUACACCCGUAGCUCCACAGUGAUUAUCAAGCCUUUUUAUUUCUUCAUUCGGUGCCUUCUGAAUGUCCAAACUGUCACACACACAUUCUACUUUAUAUAAAUAAGUCUUUUUAAGGUUUUUAUUUGGUCAUUGCUCUUCGAACUGUGUACGUGUAACCCCUGGUGCUUUCCACUUGAGCCUUUUGUUGCAGAACCUUUCUGCUCAUGAUUAAUCAGGAGAUGCCGCUUGCAGCUGAAGAUCUGUCCACCCCACCCCUACCUAUUUAUUUAAAUCUCUGUGCUGCUGUUUUCAUUUCAUUACAAAACUUUGCAUUGUUGCAGAACGUGUUGCUACAACUUUUUUUUUCACCUGCUUUGAUUGUUCCCACUUGAAGCCUAAACUCCAUUUUAACCUUUUUAUACUGUAACAUAGACUGUAAUAUUAUUAUUAUUAUUAAUAUUAUUUUAACUUUUGUUCUUGUUUUUCUUUAGAAAGUAGUGUUGUAGUACAUGGUGUAAGUGGCAUGGGAAUUGUGUAACAAGGUAGAGUAUGUAAGGCAUACUCAGGAUGUUAAAUACUGUGAUCAGACGCUGUUGAGCUCUAUCAUUCCCCAAAAUCAAAUUUUUGUGAAACCAGACAACCGGACUUUGAUGAAAACAAACCUUUUGCCUUUACAGUGGACUGUUAAUCUAAAAUCCUGUAAUAAUUCUCCCAGCUUCUUGUAUCGAGUCACACGUUUGCUUCUGAUUUUUGUCAACCUCUAUAUCUUGAAUUUGAAUAUCGAGUAUCUGCAGCAUUUUUUUUUUUUUUUCACACGUUCACUGUAAACUAAUAUUAAGCUAAUUCGUCUAAAACUUCUUGUAUCAUAAUGCCCAUCUUCACAGUCAAACUCCACCUCAGUUACUUAUGUUUGACAUGUUCUGGCCUUAUUUAUAUCUCAUUGUGAAGCAACAGUCUGCUUCAGUAUGUGCUCGGACUUGGUAAAUGUACGGCCUUGCUUAAGAUUGAGAUGUUUUAUAUUUGCAUCAUUUUUGAUGUUAAAAUUAUCUCUUUUGCAUGUCGGUAUGGUGUGCAUGUCACUUUACAUCUUCUUUUGGGAGAAAAGGUGAAUGUCUCCUCAAAAGGCAAUUAUGGCUGUAAUGUACAUUGUUUUGUAAUUCUUGUCUGUACAAACAAUAAAAACACAGGCAGCCAGUUUUUUCAAAA